AACUUGUCGGGGCGCUUCGUCCUCGUCCCCCGGACAUGGCUGGGGCGGGCUGGUGGGGCGGGCGAGCCCUCCUGGGGCGGGUGGCGGCUGCCCGCUGCGGGGCGAGGAGCCGGGCAGCCGGUCGAGAGCCGGAGCCCGGGCCGGAUUCCCAGCCCGAGAAAAGCAGCGGAGCUCCCAAGAUCUACACCAAGACGGGAGACAAAGGGUUUUCCAGCACCUUCACCGGGGAGAGGAGAGCCAAAGAUGAUCAGGUCUUCGAUGCUUUGGGAACCCUGGAUGAACUGAGUUCGGCUAUAGGCUUAAGUGCUGAAUUUGGCAGCGAAAGUGGCCACACGUUUGUGGAAGAACUUCACAAGGUCCAGUGUGUGCUGCAAGAUGCCGGCUCUAAUGUGGCAACGCCCAUCUCUUCAGCCAGGGAGUCUCACAUAAGGCGAACAUCCUUCAGUGAGAAACCUGUGCUGGAGUUGGAAAGCUGGAUAGACAAAUACUCAGAUCAGCUUCCACCGCUCACGUCCUUCAUUUUACCGUCUGGUGGAAAAAGCAGCGCUGUGCUCCAUCUCUCCCGAGCCGUGUGUCGCAGAGCCGAGAGGCGUGUCGUUCCUUUGGUGAAAGCGGGAGAAGCGGAUGCAAACGUGGCCAAGUAUUUAAACAGGCUGAGCGACUAUCUGUUCGUCUUGGCCCGUUUCGCCGCAAAGCAGGAAGGGAAGGAGGAGAAAAUCUACAGACGGGUGGAACUCCAAGACUAAGCUCACCAAUGCAUGAGGUGUACAACGUUUGAACUAACAAGAUGAAGUGUAAAACGCUGGAAAUUUGAAAUGCUCAGAUCUCCACCUGGAAUGUCAACAGAAACCCACAGAAAUUCAGGUUUCUGACCAUGUUAUUGGGAGUCCAGCUUGCGUACGUGAAUUCAGAGCAACUGUGAUGCCUGAAGGUGCCUUUGUUGCAUCUUGGAACACUGAAGGGAACUGAGGCAGGCGGUUUAGUUCAGUCCCGCUGGCUCCAGCUAGCGUGGCCCUGCCUGCCAGUUUCCUUCGAUCAAAAUGAGGGAGGGUCUGGAUUUCUUCCCUCAGCCAAGUCCACCGACACAUCUUGUCAACAGUCUUGAAAAGCGCAACUUUUGAGGGAGGGACGCUGUCGGCAAACGUGCCGGAAUUGAGCCUGACGCUGAGCUCUUUCAGCGGCACAUGGCUUCCGUUCUCUGCCAGUCAUGCAUUUUGAAAAAAGAAAAGCGACCGCAUUCAACCAAUUUUUCAACUUUUAUUUCCUGUAUUCCUGAAUUUCCAGUGAGAAGAAUGUGCUGUAACUAAAAAAAUACUAAGUGGUAAAAGAGCAAAAUAAUUUAUUGAUUUCCUAUGCCAAAAGUCUCUCCUCGGAAAACACGCAUGCAGGGCAGUGCUGGGGAGAGGAGAAAAGCAACGGCUUCUGAGGUUCCUGCUGAAGGAUCUCCAGGUGACACAAACACCCAGACAAUCCGUGGGGGUCUCUGCGUUUGCGCCCUGAAGGCUGUGGGAAGCAAUGCCAGGCUUGUUGGGACUGUCCACUCCUGCAUCCCAGUGGGUGGGAGGGCACCAGAAGUGGAGAGGCCGCACCCCCCCCCUCCAAGAGGGCAAUUUGAAACAGCUCUCUGGGCAGCCUGCGGCAGCGGCCACAGGUCAACACCCCACAAUCCCUAACGGAAAAUCAGGAAGGAAACGGGGUGAGCCAGCAUCCAGAACAGCUCCUUACUUAUGAACCUGUUUGGGCCCAGCCCUUAAUUGGGGGGGGGGAGAGGUGUUUCAAGGCAGUAGCACUGUUCUGAAAUUUAAAAAAAACUGGACUUAAUAAAAGCAACAUUCCCAAAA